CAAAUAUUAACCUUACUUGAAGAGAAAGAGAAGCUCUUUCAGGCAUUGACACUUUGCAGUGGGCAGGAAGAGAAUUCCCCAUCAGUACUGGGCAGAACGCUCUUCAGAGCAAACACAGAAGAGGCUCCCCGAGGAGAGCCACUCAUUAAAAGUGCAAUCAAAGAAGUGGAGACACUUGAAGUUCUGGUGAACCAGUAUCUGUGGAGUAGCCUGGUAGCACAGGAGUCUGGCGAUAUCGAAAAUGGAGUUGGUCCAGUUUCUCUUCCCCGAAGAGCAGAAACAUUUGGAGGGUUUGACAGCCAUCAACUCAGUGCUUCUAAAUGUGGAGAAAAAGAUGAAGCGGAGGAUGCACAGGAUCUCCGAAGAACUGAGUCUGACAGUGUUCUCAAAAAGGGAGUAAGCCCCAGUGUUGUGGUGAAACGAAAUGGCAUGCAAGUUCUUAUGUCUGUCAGCAACCUUCAUAAAUGCCUGAAGUCUUUGCAGGCUGUGGUCGUACAGCAAGACACCUACAUUGAGGAUCAAAAAAUGAUGCUGAGCAAAGGAGCCCCCAACCGCAAAUCAAGGCCGAGCUCCUUAAACGAUCAGGAGAAGCAGCGCAGUCUAGAAAAGCUGCGUCAGGAGAUCUCCAGCUUGGAAAAGCAGCAAGCACAGCAUAGGGAAGAGAAGCUGAAAAAUGAAUGGCAAUGGGAAUACCGAGAAAAAAAGUUUGCAGAGUGGAAAGAAUGGUCUUCAAGGAUGGAUGAAGACAUAAAGAAGAGCAUGCAAGAAAUGGAGCAGAAGAAGCAUCGCCUGGAGAUCAUGAAAGCCCUUGGCCAAUGUGAUGUAGACGGCAUAGAAGAGGAUCCACGGCAAGGGAAGAUCCAAGACCAGCGGAACAAAAGAGCUUAAACAGGUAUCUUUUCAACAUGACAAGUUGAAUAGGGUUCCCUCACUCCCUGUUGGCAUGGACGCCUCGAAAUGGUGUGACUCGACCAAACAGGAACAGUUACAAUCAGAGGCAUCUACAUCACCUAAAAAGGACAGUUUACUACGGACUGACAGUAAGCAAAAAGGAAAAGGCCACUUCAACUUACUUGGGAGCCAGUCUAAUAAAUCAGCAGAGGGCCAUUCCUCCAAUCGCCUCUUUAACUUGUCAAAACCAAAGGAAAAAAAGGACAAGAAGAAGAAGAGCAAAGGAGCCAGCCCUGUACCCUCAGAUUCCCACCCUAUAGAAGGAGCAGAGGAGGAAGAAAUCUUCUGUUAG